CUUACAACUUCCAUAUACCGUUUUUAGUUUUCACAACACGAUCAGGAUAUUUGGAUAUUAUGUGCUAAAUGUGUCAUGUGACUUCUGUCUUCCUCCACCCAGAGGUAAUAGGUUCAAGGGCCUUUGCUGCUACCAUUGUGGGCAUUUUGCUUCAACCCGGGGUCCGCCAACGGGUUGCCAAAUUACUCGUUAGCUGUUACGCGGAGCAUAAAACAGAACGCCCGUGUCAUAACGACUGUCGUUUUCGGCCACUGUACGCGAGCAUAGAGUAAAGUUACAUAAUCAUGUUUUGCCCAUGUUUUUUUUUCAAUGAUGAAUAUUUAUAGAUGCUGGUAUGUUGUAUGACGGGGUGAUGACCUUUGUAAUAUAUAACUCUGGUUACAUAGCGGACAAGUUAUAAUUCAUAUGUCUAAUGUAGCAAUGCUGGUUUCAAAAUAAUAUUUACUGGAAAAUUACUAUGAAAUUAGUUAGUUAUAUAGCGCCAGAUUUAAACAAUGCAAAGUAAAUCCCCUUUAAAGUAACAUGUGUGAUAACGCGGUUGUAUAUGAAACAGUACACCCGUGUUAUAACGACUACCGUUGGUCCGUAACUAUAUAGAUUACAGUGUUUUAUAGCACAAAGCGAAUAUGUUAUGUGGCGGGGAUUUGUUCUUGAACGGCCUAGUAUCAGUAACUUUAUCGACAUAAGUGGUAAUAUCUAUACUUUUGUGUACGAUCAUACCAAGUUUUUCACUGCUUUUAAAGUAUACCCCGAUGAAGGCAUUGUGACAAUACAAUCACAUUUCUGACUUAUCGCCAAUGAUUCAGCUCUUCGCAUUAACUCAGAUGCCAGUCCACGUUUUGUGUAACUAGUAUGUACAGUGAUCAUAUUCAUAUUAAACAGUUUGUUAGCAGCAAGCUCUUUCAAUGGGUCUCCUUUAAUUUCAGCUACCAGCCUCAAUAUCGGUGCAGCCCAUGGAUAUUUAGCAGCUAAAUAUCUUUGUUCCAGGUCUUUUUCGGUGGCCGUUUUUUCUGUUGUUUUAUCCACAAUCAUAUUUAGUAUAACUCCUAUUAAUUUACCCGAAUCGAAAGCACCAAUUGAUAAAUUUUGUUCCAAAAGUUUUUUGGUGCGAUAUUUAUCUGCAGGAAUAACUUCUUCUAUCGACACCUUCAUGACUUUUCGUAUCUCUUCAUUUGAGUCGGGAACAGUUUUGUCCCAAAAAGAUAAAGAAGAUCAAGAUCCUGAUGCAAAUUUGAUCUUCUAUGAGAAGAUGCAGCUGCUUGGAAGAGGAAAAUUCGGUAAAGUUGCUCUAAUGCAGUUGGUGGGAUGCGACAUGGAUCAAAAAAAGACAGAGGAAGGAAGUUUAUCCAUGCCGAGGUUGAGAAAAUACAGUUUACAGGCCAAUAUUAAGUGUUGCACAGAGAAGUCCUUCGCGUUAAAAAGAAUCUGGAAAAAGAAGCAGUCUCGAAAUAGUUACUUAGCGGAGAUUGAAGCUCACAAAGUGGCAUCUAAACAUCCAUGCGUAGCUAGGCUGUUUGAACAGUUCGUAUAUUCGUUCGAGGACGAGUUUGGGUUCGGUGUCGAGUAUUGUGCUCAUGGUGAUUUAUCUCAAAUGAUUAAGAAGUCAAACCCGAUGUCGGAAAGACUCACAAAGUCGUGUGUCGCCCAGAUUUGCAGCGUACUCCGUUACUUACACAAACAAAAUCUGGUCUACUUGGACCUCAAACCUGAGAACAUUUUAAUUUACAAUCAACAACGUUUUCACCUAAAACUUUGUGAUUUCGGUUCAACUAAAAAUAUUGGAGCACAUGUGACGUCACUUCACUCUUUGAACUGCAACUCGUAUACAUCCCCAGAGAGAACGAUUCGAAAAAAUGUAUUAUCUGGUACUGAAACUGUCGUGGUAGGACAGGUUUUUGGUAACAGUUGCGAAAGCAGUAAGCGGUGCUACAAAGCCGAUGUUUCAGCUGAUGUAUGGUCAGUGGGUGUUUUAAUACUAACACUACUCGGCGGAAGGGAGCCUUGGAAUAAACCUUUAAACGGUGAUGUUCUCUAUAAAGACUUUCAAUUGUGGAAAGACGGCCAUUUUUCGAUUGCACCAAGAAGCAUUAAUGCAAAUUUCACGGAACUGUGGCGUAAUGCUGUGACUGGCCUUUUCAGUGUAAAUCCAAACACCAGAUGGGCCAUGCAUGACAUAUGGGACUUUAUAUCACAGCCUUGGCUACACACCGAAACUAAACGUCAUGACGCAAUCGAAAAUCUUAUUUGUGAUCCUAUAAUGACGUCAUUAGGCGAAACCAGAAGACCGAUGUUUUUUUCGCGUUGUCUGCGGUGUUUUCAUCGCACAAAAGAGUGUUUGUGCAGAAUUAUGUCGAAAUAAAUACUGUAAGGGCAUAAAUGAAAAAAUCUACCAAA